AUGGCCCAGCCUGCACUCCGUAAAUCCAAAUCCAACCUCCGCCAGAGACUAGGUCUCACCUCUACCCGUGCCACACACCUCUCCCCUAUCGCGUCAGCCGGCUCUACCAACCUCGCGUCUUCUACAUCCACCACCGCCUCUUCUGCCUCGCGCACAGACUCGCGCUCCGCCUUUACCUACGAUACCAGCUCUCCCAGCCCGCCUCUGAAACGUCCCGAGUUUGACACCAUCUCGUACAACAGUGCGAUGAGUGCUAGUAUUGGGGGGUUCACGGAGGAGGCGGGCGCGUCGAAUUCGACGUUGGUAUCGGAGGAGUCUGUUGUUGAGCAGACGUAUCAGACUCCUGCGCAAGACCUCCAGCCGUACCAAGCGCCUUCACAGUACCCACCGCCAGGCGGGGACGAUACCCUCCACCCCAAUAUCGCCAGCGUCACCUCGGGUGCCGACGACAUCUUUUCUCUCACCGACCAACAACUGUCUGACCGUUUUACUUUCAUCAGUGAAAUCGGGUUUGGCAACUGGGGUAGUGUCUGGCUGUGUAAGCCCAAGCAUGCGAGAAGUAGUCAGCUCGAGCAAGGGGCGGUGGUGAGGCUUGGCAAGCAAGCUGCUGCUAGUGGAGGAAGUGGAGCUGGAGGGAAGGUUGCUAUCAAGCUCGUUCACAGGAGCAAGACUGCGACUACCGCCGCUCGAGUCCGUGCUUUGUGGGGCGAGAUGAAGAUUAUUCGUUCGCUUCGACACGAGCCCCAUCCGAGCGUUAUCCAGUUUGAGGCUUUCGUCAUCACUCCCUCCUAUGCUCUCGUGAUCAUGCCUCACCUUUCGCAUCUUAUCCCCGUCUGUCUCCCGCCUUACCGCGCCACUCCCUACUUUCGCCAGCUUGCCUCUGCCGUUGGCUACCUCCACGAGCGAGGGAUCACGCACAACGACAUCAAGCCCGCCAACGUCUUGCUCAGUCACAACGACAUUCCCGUCCUCGUCGACUUUGGCUUUGCGCAAAAGUGGGAUAUCGCCGCGCGAGGCAGUUUCCUCAGUAGCAUCAGCUGGGGUACGCCCGAGUAUCUCGACCCCCAGAGGGCGAGGGGUAUGCCCCAUGACGAGCGUGCUUCGGAUGUUUGGUCACUUGGUAUCACCAUGUUUGAAAUCUUGAUCGGCAGAACGCCCUUUGAAGCCGACGACCAAGAGCAGUUCUCGACGCCUGAAGAGCUUGUCGUCUACUAUGAGCGUACCAAAGUCGGCCGAUGGGUCGGUGAAUGGGACAUGCCUCCCGAUAUCGAGGUCCUCCUUCACAAGAUGAUCAAUCCCGACCCGGCCUACCGUAUCACCGCUAUGGACGCGUACCACGACGAGGCUCUCCAGCCUUCUGCCCCCAGUGUCAUCGUUACUCCUCACUUUGUCCGCCAAGCUGCCAACUUUGAGGAAGAGCCUCUUCCUGCUCCUCCCGCCGAGGUUGUCGCCAAGGUCAAAAGGGACGAUGAGAAGAAGGAGAAGCGCAAGUCGAAGAAGAAGGUCAAGCCUACUCAGGCUUCCAAGGAGGCGCACUCUCGCUCUGUUACGCCCGCGCUCGGCGAGUCUAUCAAGCAGCACACCAGUAUCAGCAAGCCCAGGCGAGAAGUCAGUGGCGGCAAGGAGAAUGAGCGAGUGCAUGUCGAGGUCGAGAAGAAGCAGAGCAAGCUUGUCAUCAAGAAAUUACGUGAUGAAGAAUAUAAGGAUGACAAGAAUGUCGAGGAGGACCCCACUCCCACAAAGAUGUCCAAGCCUGCUCAGGCUCUCAAGGUCAAGGAACAUACCGUCUUUACCGACAAGAAGGUUGUACCCCGCACUUCCAACUCUCAGCUCACCAACCUCUCUCGUCCUAACUCGGCAGCCUCUGGCGCCAAGGAGCUUUCUCGAGCUACGUCUUCUCAGACUUUGAAAGACAAGCGCGCGUCUGGCCAGUCUUUCGUCUCUGGUAACAAGGAAGAUGCUGUGCUUCGUACUAUGCGCUCUUUGGAAGGUACUCGCAAGCUCUUUACCUCGCAGCAGAAGGAGAAGGCGCAGGAAGCUCUUGCUUCCAUCAAGCGACCUGCUCCUAGUCCUCCUCGGCCCAAGAGUCUGGACUCUGCUGUGGAGAAGGAGAAGAAGAUUGAUGAGCGAAGGAGUCUUGGUAUCGACCGCGCUUUGCUUCCGGGCGUCAAGAAGGAGGACGUCGAUGUCAAGGUCAAGGAAGGUGGUAUUGAGGUAGAUGUGCAUAUCCAUCACCAAGAGAAGGAAAAGAAGGUUGCACAAAAGGAACCUCCCAUGUCGCCUCCUCGGGCACAGAUCUCCAACGCAUCUCGCAUGCCGACGCCUUCCCCUCAAAAGUCGAGAAGACAAAACAUCCGUCCUCAUGCCGAACUCGACGCUACCACUGGCAAAAUCUUCCCCGCUUCUGACGACGAGUCACCGCUCUCAGAGCUGCGAGACAAGAUCAUUGUCUCUGAUCAAGAAAAGCUCGUCAGGUUCAGGCAAGCGUCUGGCGGUUUGACCGAUGCGGUGGAGACUCUCAGAUCGACUUCGCCUUCUCCCAGGCCAUCUGCAGAGCCUUCUUCCUCUCGUGAACUUACGCCCACAGAGCGCCACAGUGCCGAGGUCAAGCCUGCGCUGAGCCACCGCUCGUCCCGGGAGACCGUCAGGUCUAUGCCCAUCUUGUCUCGUACCAAGUCCAUUGAGGCUCUUACCAUGGACAGCAGACUCGACAAGAUGUCGUCUUGGAUCAAGAAUGUCGAGGCCAUCAUCGAAGAUGCUCGCAGGGCUGUUGCUGAGGGUCGCGAACCCGGCCUUCCUGUGCUCAGUCUUUCUAGCGAGAUUACUGGCGAGCAAGAACACCGUUCUGGUGUCACUCCCGACAAGCCCAACGCCAUCCCCGCGCACUUGCGCACGAGCUCUGUCCAGGUUGAGCCUUCUACUCCUCCUCAGUGGAUGACGUACACCGAGGCUGAAGAAAAAGUAAAGGCUGCGAAUGCAUGGAUGGAGGAGCAGGGCAGGAAGAAGAAGGAGAGACCUUCUGUCAACCACGUUCUCAAGCUGUUUGGUGGCGAGAAGGAAAAGGCUCCCGGCUCGAGGUCUGGUACGCCCGAACCUGGUCACUUUGUGCCCCUCAAGCCUCCAGCGCACGCUCUCCGAGGUGUUCCUUCGACCCCUGCUCUCCGCGGCGCUGCUACCAUCCGCCAACCGUCCAAGGUGCCUCACCGCAAGUCCGAGUCCAACCUGCGCAAUUUCAACACCAUGCCCGUCAUUCCCUCUCCUGCCAGCUUCCGUGCUGGGCCUCAGUACGACCCUGAUGCGGACGACGAUGACCUUGGUACAGAGUAUGUCUCUGACAGGCGGAUGAAGUAUGAGACCAUGCUCUCGAGCGACUCUAACGUCUCGAAGCAAGGCGAUGGCUGGACAGGUACUCUGCCCAGAAGGGAAGUCAAGCCUUCGUCUUCUAUGGCAUCGCUCCGUGAGCGUGCUAGGACGUUGCUCGGCGACUCUUCGCGACACCAUGUGACCUACUCGGACGCCACAUACCCCACUCAAAAAGUCGAGAAGCGCUCAUCACGCUUGACACUCCGUGGCGAGAAGAGGAUCCCUGCCCGACCCAACACUCCGGCCGCGGCUAGUGUUAUGGGGGUGAAGACUGGUACUUCUUCUGGUGCUCCUGCCGGGGAUAAGAAGAAAGGCUGGGUGAAGAGUUUGAAGGGGGCAAUGGGAAUGAAAAAGUAG